UUAACCUUUAUUUACCAACCGAAAGCCGGUCUGGAUAAGAAUGUCUGCUAAAUGACUAAAAUGUCAAAUCCUCUCUGUCAUGCUGUAAACUGGACCAACUGUCUCCUUCAGGAAUAAUGGUGACUGGACCAAACAGUUUGUAUGUGACUCUGCUGAUUCUUCUUUACAGUUUAACAUCUAUCUCUGUGAAGUUUGAAGUUCUUGGUCUACCUAAACCCAUUGUUGCUGUGGCUGGUGAUGACAUCAUUCUACCCUGUUACCUCAAACCCAACAUCAGUGUUGAGGACAUGACAGUGGACUGGCUGAACCUGGACUACAUAGAUGAACGUGUCUAUCUUUACCAAAAUGGAAGAAUCAUCCUGGAGGAUCAGAUUCCCUCCUACAGAGGAAGAACAUCACUGUUUAAAGAGGAACUGUGGAGGGGAAACACCUCUUUAAAACUGACCAGGGUACAAGGGACUGAUGAGGGACAGUAUAAAUGCUUUAUUAAAUCACAGAACUGGUAUGACGAUGUUACUAUUCAAGUCCUUGUUAAAGCUGUAGGAUCCAGGCCAGUGGUGUCCAUUGAAGGACACAGAGAUGGAGGGAUGGGUCUGGUGUGUCAAUCUGAAGGCUGGCACCCUGAACCUGAUCUGGUGUGGCUGGACAGUAAAGGAGUCAGUCUCUCUGCUGGACCUCCUGAGACACACAGAGACAUAAAGGGAUUCUACACAGUCAAACAACAUGUCAUUGUCCAGGAGACUGACACCAACCUUUUUACCUGCAGAGUCCUACAGAGACGAAUCAAGGAAGAGGUGGAGACAGAGGUUCACAUCCCUAGUGAGUUGUUUGAUUACACAACUCCAUGGAGGCGGUCCUUCAUUGUGUUAUGUUGUUUGGGAGUCUUCACUGUGAUUGGGUUAGCCCUGGCUGUCUAUUGGACACAUAUAAAGAAAGAUGACCUAAGGGAGUAUGUUUUUGAUGUCAUCAGAAGACAUGCAGUGGAUGUGACUCUAGACCCUGAUACUGCACAUCCACGACUCAUCCUGUCUGAUGACGGGAAACAAGUGAGACUUGGAGACAAAUACCAGAACCUCCCAGACAACCCAGAGAGGUUUGAUACAACUCUAAGCAUCCUGAGUAAAGAGGGCUUCUCCUCAGGGAGAUUCUACUAUGAGGUUCAGGUGAAGGAGAAGACUUGGUGGACUGUGGGUGUGGCCAGAGAGUCAGUCAACAGGAAGGGGGUAAUUAUAGUGAGACCCAGGUAUGGAUACUGGACUAUUUGGCUGAGGGAUGGAGUGUAUAGGGCUAAUACUGACUCCCCUGCCCCCCUCCCCCUGAGAAAGAAGCCCCAGAAAGUGGGGGUGUUUUUGGAUUAUGAGGAGGGACAAGUCUCCUUCUUCAAUGUGGAGGCCAGGUGUCAUAUCUACUCAUUCACUGGACAAACCUUCACUGAGAAACUCUAUCCUUAUUUCUUCCCUGGUCCUAAUGAUGCUGGUAAAAACUCAGCCCCAUUGGUCAUCUGUCCUGUAGAUGACACUGACUGACUGUUUGAAACAACUCACUGGUCAUCUGUCCUGCAGAUGUCUAUGAAUGACUGUUUUUACAUUAAACCAUGCAAGUAUUAACAGUUGACAAUGUGAAAUAUCAGAACAUUUUUAAGUGAGUUUUUAGAUUUACAUAGAUCUUUUAUAUUUCUGGUAUCACUUGCAUUAUUUCUGUUGUGAUAAGAAUGUGUAUAAUAUCUUUGUGUUCACUGUGAUAUAUGACAGUAUGUGCUGUCAAGCAAAUAUAAAAACAAAUACUCAAAUGAAAACAUCA